AUGCAGAAAAGGAAUGUUUAUGCAGUCCCAGACCUUCCAAUCAAGGAAAUAAUACAAUAUUUCAGUGAGAUGGAAAUAAACAUCAAGGCAAGUGAUAUUCUGAAGCCAACACCGCAGUCAACUCAAAGGAUCUAUGAGAUAUUACUAGAAGUAUACUGUGGGAUCAGAACAUCUGAUAUGGUGUCUAGAAUAGGGAACAUAGAGGCAUUUGAGGAAUCUUUGUCGUACCUUCUUCUGCAGAAGAGGAUGUCAGGCUUCCUCAGAAGAAUAGGUAUUGAGAAUUUUGGCCUUAGAGAUCUUGCACCUGAUUCAAAAAGGCUUAUUGGGAUUCUGAGUGUCGUAGUGAACUUUUCGAUGUUCAGAGACAACAAAAGACAUGUGUAUGAAAGAGUGUGCCGAAUGAAUGAUGAAAAGUUGCUUCUUCGGAAUGAGAUAGACGAAAAGGUUCACAAUGCAAGGAAAGAGCUUGAGAUGUGCGAAAGAGAUGCAAAGAAGAGCAUUGAAGAGUCAAAGGAGGUUGAGAAAGAGAUUUUGGUGCUUGAGUCUGAGCUUAAAGACUUCUACAAGCAUCAGAGAGCCUUAGUCCAAGAGACGGAAAGAGUUAAAGCGGAGAGGAAUGAGUACAGUGAUAAGCUAAGCUCUUUGAGGCUAAUGUUGCUUAAUCUUAGCCAAGAGAUAACAUGCCUGAAGACACAGGUUGUGAGUGAUCCGACAAAACUCAUGGAGCUAGUUGACGAGAUGAGAUGCUUGAUUUCCAAAGAAAACGAAAUAGUGAGAGGAUUGGAAGUAAAAAGAAUGAACCUCAAGGAAAGAAUUGAUCUUAUGGAAUUGAUGAAAGAGGAUACAAUGAAAGCAAUUACAUUAUCUCUUUCUAAUAAAGAGGCGGAUAAAACCAUUGAUAGAACAAACAGAGAAAUAUCUGAGCUAGAGGUUCAGAUAAAGAAUCUUGAUUCUGGAAUUAAUGCCUUGAAGAUCCGGCUGAACCAUGUUAAUAGGCAGAUUUCUCACAUUGAGUCCAAAAUAUUCAACCUCCAAGACAAUGACAAAAGGUGCUCUGAAGAAAUAUCUGCAAAACUUGAGAAGCUCAAGAACAACUAUGGAGUUGUUUCUGAUGAAAGAAACUCUAUAAGAAGGAAGAUUGAAGAAAAUGUACGGCUAACAAAAAACAUUGAGUAUGAACUUGUAAAGAAGAGAAACGAGCAUGUAAACGACAUAACUGCAAUACAGUCAGCUCUUUGCAGACUUAAGGAUGACGUAUUCAACUAUUUUGCUGAGGCCAAGGGAGUGAUUGACAAGGCCAUGCCUAAUUGA